UUUCAGGCAACCUUUUAUCCAAUAGAAGCUGAAGCUAAAGGUGCUACUGCUGCAAAGUUUGGAGCAGUCUUUGGGAUCAUUCAUCUCUCUCUCUUCAUAUUUGCAUGUUCUCCGGCGUUUUCUUUCUUUGAAUUGCUAAAAAUAAGUGUUUUGAAGGCAUGGUGCGAUGCAGCAUUUAACUUUGGACUAACUAUUGGCCCAGUGGUUGGUGAUUUUUUAUAUGAAGUUGGGGGAUUCACCCUACUCUUUACUAUUACUGGAAGUGCUAUUCUGUGUGGAUUUCUUGCACUAUAUGCUACUGAGGUUUUGGUUGCUCUUCUGACAUGUUUGGUAAAUGCAUAUUCAGUUGGAACUCUAAAGGCAACUCUAACACCCUUCCUCCUCAGCAUGAAUACUAGUGUUAAAAUGAUUGCUGUUGCUUUUUUAUUGAUGUCAAUGUGCUCAGUUCUUGCAACUCCUCUGUUUGGAUUUAUCUGUGAUUCUAAGUUCUCUCCAUGGUUGGUAUCUGGUAUUGGAACCCUACUUAUGUUUGUAUGCUUUGCGUUCAUAGGACCCUGUCCCUACAUGUCCUUUAUCCCUGCUACAUUUGCAAGUGUUUGUGGAUCUUUAGUUGCUCAAGGGUUCAGAAGCUCAGCCAUAAGUAUUUCCAGCUUUAGUUCAGCUCAAAGAGCUGCUGUGGAAUCUGGGCUUCCAGAUAGUAUGGAGGUCCAGGCGGUAGUGUCAGGAGUUUACACUUCUGCCUUCGCUUUGGGAAACUUCUUUGGUCCAACUGUAUCAGGUGUUCUCUAUGAUAAGAUAGGGUUUGUUAACAAUCUUUUGGUGCUUCAAGCCCUAGUCGUGAUCAGCUUUGUGCUAAACCUCAUAAUUUACAAAACACGUGCUACUGAAGCUGAGACAAACCUAGAAGAGAAGACUGGAAUGCUACAAUGGUCCCAUAUUGUAGUGAACGGGAUGACUGAAGUUGUAAUUUCAAGCAACUCUCCAAUAAAAAAGUGUUCAAUUCAUAGCCAUACCUCUUAAUUCUUAGUCUAGUAAAAACAUAAUUUACAUGCUUAAUUCUUUAAUUCAUUUUUUUCAAUAGUGGUUUCUCUACAAAAGUGACUUUUUGCUGCAAUAUAGAGAGAGCAUAUUCGUUAUUAAAGUACAUAAUUUUACAUAAAUAUAUUUUUCAAACAAACACUUUAAUGAUGGAAUUUGCCAAGCCAACAUUGGCCAUCUUUAAAGGGAGUG